UUUGGAGAAUAACAGGCUAAUCUGAGAUUCUCUCCAGCCAGUGUUCAUCGCUCAAGUGUCUCUGAAGCAUCAAUGGCAGCAGUUCCUGAACUCACCAGUGAGAUGAUGGCUUACCACAGUGAUGAGAAUGACCUCUUCUUUGAGACUGAUGGUCCCAAGCAAAUGAAGUGUUGCUUGCAAGACCUGGACCUCUGCUAUCCAGAUGAGGGCAUCCAGCUUCAGCUCUCCCAUCAGUACUUCAAUAAGAGUUUCAGGCAGGUGGUGUCACUCAUCGUGGCUGUGGAGAAGCUGAGGAAUAAACCCAUUCCUUGCUCACAGGCCUUCCAGAAUGAUGACCUGAAAACCUUCUUUUCCAUCAUCUUUGAAGAAGAACCCAUGAUCUGUGAUGCUUGGGAUGAUCCUGCAUAUGUGUGUGAUGUAGCCGUGAGAACACUGAAUUGCACACUCCGGGAUGGACAGCAAAAAUGCCUGGUAUUGUCUGACCCUUGCGAACUGAAAGCUGUUCACCUCCAAGAAUCAAAUCUGAGCCAACAAGUGGUGUUCUCCAUGAGUUUUGUGCAGGGAGAAAGAAGCAAUGACAAAAUACCUGUGGCCUUGAGCCUCAGAGGGAAGAAUCUGUACCUGUCCUGUGUGAUGAAAGACAAGAAACCCACGUUGCAGCUGGAGAGUGUAGACCCCAAUGAAUACCCUAAGAAGAAGAUGGAAAAACGAUUUGUCUUCAACAAGAUAGAAAUCAAAAACAGGGUGGAGUUUGAGUCGGCUCAGCACCCCAACUGGUACAUCAGCACCUCUCAAGAAAAUCAUCUGCCAGUCUUCCUGGGAAACAGUGGUGCCCAGGAUAUAACAGACUUCACCAUGGAAUCUGUUUCUUCCUAAAGAGAACUGUACACAGCAGAUCUACUUUAAGUUAAAUGUAACCUCAACGUUAGGACUAGUAGAAGGCAAAUAGGACAAUUUUGAAUGGCUAUAGACUAAAUUUGAUUCUUGUCUUCACUGAUGUCCAGGUGCCUUCUGCAGGGCAUUCUAGGGAGCUCAGUUGCCACUAUCCAGAUGUCAACUCUGUUCUCCCAGAGAAAUCACUGGACCCUUUGAUGAGCCAAGGCUUUCUCACCUGUCCUGCUUCCUUAAAGCCAGACUGACAGAAACUUUGGCACAUCCUGAUUUUAAAAACCCUGUCUUUGCUUCUAGCUUCUGAUGAGCAAAUCAUUUACCAACUAUUUAUGUAUUUAUUGAUUGAUUGACUUAUUUAAUUCAAUGGGAAUAAGAGGCAGCAGUGUCUUGAAAAGAGCCUUGUUUUCAAUAUUUAUGGAAUAAGUUUAAUUUGGGCUGAUGUGCUGCCUAGAUCAAGUCCUUUCAUGGAGGCUAAAAAUUAGAUAAGCUCAUAUUUUGAAUAUAGGAAUAUUUAUGAAUAAAGAAAUAUGAUCACACUGUUUCAA